UAGAAUUUCCUCUGUUCUUACACGUUGGUUUUUAGAGGUCGCUGCCAUCACUUUUAUUUGUACUUGCACUAUAAAUCAUAAACGGAAUGUUUUCACAGAUAAGAAGGAAACGAUGGUUUGUCCGAAUGUGCCUUCAAAAGGAAUGAAUUACCCUGAAGCAGGAAAAACAGGAAUUCAGGGUCGACAGUUCUUGGUCUGUUUUACUGACAAUCAUCCAUACGCUAGAAACCAAAGCAAGACAAUAUAUAUUUUAUCGGAUGAAGAUUUUGAGUUUAAAUUGAUUUCGAAGUUUUUAGAUUCAACACAGCUUUACAAGGAAGUGUUGACACAAUCUAGAAACUUUAAGGAGUUAAACCUCACAAAUACGAUUGCACUGUCUGAUUUCAAAAUUGAACAAAAAGCACUACUGAUAGAGACGACGCAGGACGUGUCCGUUAUCAUUAUUGAUAAUUAUAUGCACUCGUCUGAUAGUACCGUGGUCUUACCAAUAAAGUCAAUAUCGAAUUCAUACAUAAUUUCUUCUGCCUAUAGAGAAUUCAACAAUUCCCUACCAAAUUCACAAUUUGCAAUAGCUUCCCGAGAAAAUGGUACUCUAAUCAAAAUUUAUUUUCAUUUUGAUCCUGACUUGCCAAUGAAAAUAAAUGGGAUAACAUAUAGAAAUGGCAGUGCAAUGAUUUUUGUUUUAGACGAGCUUGAAACAUUUCAAAUAUGGCAUAAAGUAGAUGCAACAGGGACAUUAAUCCAUGCAUCAAAGCCUGUCGCAGUUUUUUCUGGCAGUCACUGCGACAAAAUUGCUUUUGAAAACAGCACUGGUUUUGGAGCUUGCAGUAAGCUUGAUGAACAACUUCCACCUAUUGAUAGACUGGAUAACAUGUAUAUAGUCCCACCUAACUAUAACAGGAUGGGAACAGUCCUGAAAAUCGCGUCUCCUUUUGACAACCGCAUUAUAUAUAAGAUUGGAAAUAAACAAGGAGAAAAAACACUUAAACCGAAUGGAUACUUUGAAAUAACUUUUUUGAAGGAUGAAAUUGUUGUUAUAGAUUCAGAAAAGCCUGUUUUGGUAACUAGUUUUUCUACUGGAUCGUACAUCACAGGUGACCCUUAUAUGAUAACUGUCCCAGGAAUAAGGCAGUACACAGAUAAAUAUCUAGUGACAGUUCCUGAAAAUUUUGAAAAAAGUUACAUUGCUCUGAUGGUAGAGGAAAAAUCAAUGUACAACCUUGUAAUAAAUGAUACAGAAAUCAUACAGUACUUGAACGACAGAAAAUUCUAUGCCAUCGUUACGAUCAAGGACAUCAAAUUUGCUGUGCUGAUUUUACAAGUGUCAGGAGGAAUGUUAAGAAUUAAAUCUACAAAUAAUGCGGCUUUCGGGUUGGUCGUGUAUGGUCAUAGACGAGCCGACGGUCACGGGUUUGCAGGAAAAGCAGUACUACCUGACACAUGUGUUAACGUAAAUGAAUAA